GCUCUUCUUCUUUUUCUCCCUGACAAGCCCCUCCCCAACCGCCGACUUCCUCCUUGAAAAUUGGUGACAAAGCUUGGAUAUUUUCCCGUCUUUCUUGUGCAAGAACAAGCUAUGGGACUUAGAACCCUCCCUCUAAAGCUGGAAACUGCCGAUCUGCUCUGUUCUUCCUUCCCGUCGGCAAGCUGUUGUGGGUGUGUGGGUGUGAAAUUUUAGGUCUUUUCGAAUUGCCGCCGCCUCUUCCCCCUGCCAGGUCCGGUUCUGCAGCUGGAAAAAUUCUGGUAUGAUGGCCACUCCUCUAAGUCCGAAUUACCCACUUAAUUGCUGCUUGUUGAAUUUUAAUCCACUUAGUGCUACCCUUGUGCUGAAUAUCGUGUUUCAAUUGGGAGGAAACAAUGAGGCUUUGGUUAGGUUCUUGAUCCUUAGUUCACUUUAGCACUUGAAUCAAGUCUUCGGUUUUAUGCGAGUAAGGAAGCGAAGUCAAAGACAAGGAAAAACGAGGGGAGUGACGAGUUAGAAGGUUAGCCAUUUGUAAUCGGAUAUAAGUUUUAGAUAUUAUCAUUCUUUUGUAAGAUAGAUUUUUCCUUGAGAUUUUAUGGUAUCAAAAUAGAUUUUGUGGAAUGGUUAAGUUUCGAGUCUUGUGCACUUGUGGGACCCGUCUUAUAAGUGUACGGCAUCUUAUACCCUCGUAUUUGGGUUUUGGGGCGUGACAUAAACUAUAAAAACUAAAGGUGAGU